AUGGACAUCGCAAAUGAUGGUCCUGCUCUCCCCGACUCUGCUGUGGGAGAAGAGCCUAAAAUCACGGCGGAUUCUUUGACAGACAAACCUAGUGCUAUUGUGGAAAAUGGGGGCUGUCUCACAUCAUCUCCAGAGACAGAGACAAGCAGCAACAUCCCAGCUCCUCCCAAGCCUCCCAGAACACCAGUGCAUGCAGAAGAGACCAAUCAGGGAAACCCAGCAGACGAGCCCAGAGCUGUGGCUUUGUCCUCGAAGAGUUUGGCAACAACUUUGACCGAGGCAGAAAGCCUAUGGACCACGGGCAGAGACCACGCGGUGAGGCUGAGGAUGGAAGGGUCCGGGCUGGCUGCCGAGACCCCCAUCACCACUCACCAGUUGUUCCUGGAGACAGUGGAACGCUGUGGGGACCACGCAGCGCUGGCCUUUCGAAGGGAUGAGCAGUGGGUGACAUUGACCUACAGGCAGUACUACGAGCAGUGCCGUGCUGCCGCAAAGAGUUUCCUGAAGCUGGGCCUGGAACGCUUCCGUGGAGUGGGAAUACUGGGAUUCAACUCACCAGAAUGGUUUAUAGCAGACAUUGGCUGCAUCUUUGCAGGUGGUCUAGCUACGGGCAUCUACCCCACCAACACACCUGAAGCGUGUCAGUAUGUGGCUGAAAACUGCGAGGCCAACGUCCUGGUGGUGGAGAACAAGAAACAGCUUGACAAGAUCCUCCAGGUUAAAGAUCAUCUCCCGCACCUGAAAGCCAUUAUUCAAUACAAGGGAGAACUGCAUCAGAAAGCGCCAAACCUGUACACGUGGGACGAGUUCAUGAAGCUUGGAGAGGAGGUUCCUGAAGAGCAGCUCAACGCCAUAAUUAGCAGUCUUCGAGCUAACGAGUGCUGCACCCUCAUCUACACGUCAGGCACCACAGGGAAUCCCAAAGGCGUCAUGCUCAGCCACGACAAUAUCACAUGGACCACGCUCACUGCUGGUAAAACCGCCGGCCUAAAUUACACAGAGGAGGUUAUUAUCAGUUACCUGCCUCUGAGCCACGCUGCCGCACAAAUGUAUGACAUUUGGCUUUGUAUGAGAUACGCAGGGACCACCUACUUUGCAGAACCAGAUGUUCUUCAGGGGUCGCUAGCAACAACAUUAAAACAGGUGCGGCCCACAUCCUUCCUCGGAGUUCCUCGAGUUUGGGAAAAAAUGCAGGAGAAAAUGAGAGAGGCUGGUCUCAAAGCUUCCCCCAUGAGGAGACGAGUGGCAGACUGGGCCAAGUCCAUCGGGCUGCAGUACAACUACAGUGCCAUGAACGGGGAGAACGCCGUGCCAUGGGGGUUCACAUUGGCCAAUAAUCUGGUGUUUAAAAAAGUCCAAGCGGCACUGGGUCUGGACCGCUGUAAAAUGUGUAUGACGGGAGCCGCCCCCAUCACCAAGGAGACACUGGAAUACUUCAUGAGCCUCAACAUGCCGCUGAUGGAGUUGUACGGCAUGAGUGAGAGCUCUGGACCACACACCGUCUCUGUGCCCAACGCCUUCAGGCUAUCAAGUUGUGGAAAGGUGAUGCCAGGCUGCAAGACUAAACUGAAGCCGGAUGAAGAUGGAAAUCUAGAAGUGUGUUUCUGGGGGCGACAUGUGUUCAUGGGGUACCUGAACAUGCCCGAGAAAACCAUGCAGGCGCUGGACGAGGAAGGAUGGCUGCUAUCCGGAGACAUGGGGCGACACGAUCAGCAAGAUUUUUUGUUCAUCACGGGAAGAAUCAAGGAGCUGAUCAUAACUGCCGGUGGGGAGAACAUUCCUCCGGUGCCCAUCGAGGACGCGCUGAAGGCUGAGGUGCCCAUCAUCAGUAACGCCAUGUUGAUCGGAGACAAGCUCAAGUUCCUGUCCAUGCUUCUCACACUCAAAUGUGUCGUAGAUGAAAACGGAGAACCGACUGAUGAUCUGAGUUUAGAGGCGUUGGACUUCUGCAGAAGAAACAACGUCACUGCAACUAAAGUCUCUCAGAUUGUCGCCAACAAGGAGCCAGCAAUUUAUCAGGCCAUUCAAGAAGCCUUUGAACGCGUCAAUGCCAAAGCCACGUCCAGAGCCCAGAAUGUGCAGAAGUGGGUGAUCCUAGAGCGAGACUUCUCCAUACCUGGGGGAGAGUUGGGUCCCACCAUGAAACUCAAAAGACCUGUUGUGGUCAAGAUGUACCAGGAUCAAAUUAAUGAAAUGUACGGAGUUGGAAGCAAACCAUAG